AAUCGAACGCCCAAUUAGGCGGAAAAACACUAGAGAGGGAUAUGAUUAAUUACAAAAGUUUUUCGAAAAUGAUCUUGUUCAUUUUUGGCAAUUUAAUUGUAUGUAUCCUGAAGUGUUUGCGGAAUGAUGCUAUCUUAUCAGAACACAAACAGAGUUGGAGAACACACAACAUAUGUGUGGAAGAUGACACUUUCAAAAGACCAAAAUUCACAGCAAGCACGAAUUUUCAUAAACACGCUUGCACCAAGUUAGAUGGCCAAGCCUGCUCAUUUAGUGUUGCUAAAAUCAGUAAAAGCACAAGAUUUUAUCCUUACUUCAAGGAUUAUAUCGAAGCUAUUCAUGACACUCAUAUUACUGCAAUGGUAAAAAGUCCUGAAAAAGCAUGUUACCAUAAUCGAAAAGGAGUCAUUUUGCAAAACAUACUAGCUGCUUACAACUUUGAUCUUGAGUUCAUAUAUGUUAUAAGUGGACGGGAAGACUCAGUUCAUGAUUCAAAAGUUCUACAAGAUGCCUUAACAAGAAGAACUAACAGACAGCCAGUUCUAGAAAGUAAUAAUAAUCAAUAUCAUAUUUUAUGUGUUCUGAUGUUUCAGGAAAAUAUUAUC